AUGGCCAGCAGCCGACAGCCGAGCGCCGACCAAACCUUGCUACAAGGACUAGCAGACCAAGUAAUGGCGAUGCAGCGGAUGCUGAGCAGCAGAGGGGUGCGCUUUCCCAGCCAUGCAUUCAACACCGCUGACGAGGCCAAUAACGCCUCCCCCGACGUCAUUCGGAGAGACCCAGUCGCGUGGGCCCUCUACUCACGUGGCUGGCGGGACUGCAUUGCCCUUCUGGCCACGACCCCCAUCGGUAAUCAGAUACCGGUCGGUCCGCCGGUGACAACGGGGCCACAUCGGCAACUCCAAGCCGGGCCCACCUACGGGCAACCUAGGGCACCACAGCCCAGGUCGACGGCUCCUCUCCACCAGCUACCACCACGGUCGGCAGCACCGCAGGUGGCGUCCAGGAUGCCAACUCCUCCGGUACGCCCGUUCCAUCGACCGACGACCGUCCAGGUGGGAAAGACGGUGCGUUUUGUCGGCAGCGGAAAGCCAGCGACGGCGGGACCUCCCAGGGCAAAGGGGACCGUCCCGAAAAAAACCAGAACCCCUUCGGCGAAGCGAAAGUCGGCUCUCCGUCUCCGGGCAUUCCGUCAGGCGAAGAAGGAGCAGACAGCUCAACCCCAGAAGCCGACACCAUUUACCUCGCAGCAGUUUAGACUGGAAAAACCGGACCAUGGGGACGCCGGGCCAUCUAGAGACGUGCGCGCCGAGGAACAGCCGACGAGCGACCCGAUCCACCCCGAGGUCACCCCGGUGGAGGCCGCCGUCGACCCGCAACCCACUGUCUCAGCGGAAGAGGAAACCCCAUCGCUGGAGCAGGAGCUCGAGGAGAUGGCCGAAAUGGACUGGACGAAGACGGACACCGAACCGGAAGACUUCCAGUCCUGUCCUACUAGCCCUAUCGACAAGCCACUGUAG